AACAUUUUUGAAAGAUCACUCAGCUUUAACACACCUUGGCUGGGUCUGGAUAAAAAAAAAGUGAGCACUGCAAAUUUCUAGAAGAAAACAUCAGGAGAAGAAAGAGAGAGGGGGAUUUAUUCAAAGUUGUUUCCAAUUCCUUCAAAACCUCAAACCAGGUGGCUAUGGUAUGGAUGUAACCAAGAAAAACAAACGAGAUGGAACUGAAGUCACUGAAAGAAUUGUCACUGAAACAGUAACCACAAGACUUACAUCCUUACCACCAAAAGGCGGGACCAGCAAUGGCUAUGCUAAAACAGCCUCUCUUGGUGGAGGGAGCCGGCUGGAGAAACAAAGCCUGACUCAUGGCAGCAGCGGCUACAUAAACUCAACUGGAAGCACACGAGGCCAUGCCUCCACCUCUAGUUACAGGAGUGCUCACUCACCUGCCUCCACUCUGCCCAACUCCCCAGGCUCAACCUUUGAAAGGAAAACUCACGUUACCCGCCAUGCGUAUGAAGGGAGCUCCAGUGGCAACUCUUCUCCGGAGUACCCUCGGAAGGAAUUUGCUUCUUCUUCAACCAGAGGACGGAGUCAAACACGAGAGAGUGAAAUUCGAGUUCGACUGCAGAGUGCAUCCCCAUCCACCCGAUGGACAGAAUUGGAUGACGUUAAGCGUUUGCUCAAGGGGAGUCGAUCGGCAAGUGUGAGCCCCACCCGGAAUUCUUCCAACACACUCCCCAUCCCCAAGAAAGGCACUGUGGAGACCAAAAUUGUGACAGCGAGCUCCCAGUCGGUGUCAGGCACCUACGAUGCAACGAUCCUGGAUGCCAACCUUCCCUCCCAUGUGUGGUCCUCCACCCUGCCCGCGGGGUCCUCCAUGGGGACCUAUCACAACAACAUGACAACCCAGAGCUCAUCCCUCCUCAACACCAAUGCCUACUCUGCGGGAUCAGUCUUCGGAGUUCCAAACAACAUGGCGUCCUGCUCACCCACUUUGCACCCUGGACUCAGCACAUCCUCCUCAGUAUUUGGCAUGCAGAACAAUCUGGCCCCCAGCUUGACCACCCUGUCCCAUGGCACCACCACCACUUCCACAGCAUAUGGGGUGAAGAAAAACAUGCCCCAGAGUCCUGCGGCUGUGAACACUGGCGUUUCCACCUCCGCCGCCUGCACCACAAGUGUGCAGAGCGAUGACCUUUUGCACAAGGACUGCAAGUUCCUGAUCCUAGAGAAAGACAACACACCUGCCAAGAAGGAGAUGGAGCUGCUCAUCAUGACCAAGGACAGUGGGAAGGUCUUUACGGCCUCCCCCGCCAGCAUCGCUGCAACUUCUUUUUCAGAAGACACCCUAAAAAAAGAAAAGCAAGCUGCCUACAAUGCUGACUCAGGCCUAAAAGCCGAAGCUAAUGGAGACCUGAAGACUGUGUCCACAAAGGGCAAGACCACCACUGCAGAUAUCCACAGCUACGGCAGCGGUGGUGGUGGUGGCAGUGGAGGAGGUGGCGGUGUUGGUGGCGCUGGCGGCGGCCCUUGGGGAGCGGCACCAGCCUGGUGCCCCUGCGGCUCCUGCUGCAGCUGGUGGAAGUGGCUGCUGGGCCUGCUGCUCACCUGGCUGCUACUCCUGGGGCUGCUCUUCGGCCUCAUUGCUCUGGCGGAGGAGGUGAGGAAGCUGAAGGCGCGUGUGGAUGAGCUGGAGAGGAUCAGGAGGAGCAUGCUGCCCUAUGGGGACAGCAUGGAUAGAAUAGAAAAGGACCGCCGCCAGGGCAUGGCACCCGCGGCGGGAGCAGACCUGGACAAAAUUGGGCUGCACAGUGACAGCCAGGAGGAGCUCUGGAUGUUCGUGAGGAAGAAGCUAAUGAUGGAACAGGAAAAUGGAAAUCUCCGAGGAAGCCCUGGCCCUAAAGGUGACAUGGGAAGUCCAGGCCCUAAAGGAGAUCGAGGGUUCCCUGGGACUCCAGGUAUCCCUGGGCCCUUGGGCCACCCAGGUCCAGAAGGACCAAAGGGUCAAAAAGGCAGCGUGGGAGAUCCUGGCAUGGAAGGCCCCAUGGGCCAGAGAGGGCGAGAAGGCCCCAUGGGACCUCGUGGUGAGCCAGGGCCUCCUGGAUCUGGAGAGAAAGGGGAAAGAGGGGCUGCUGGUGAACCAGGUCCUCAUGGCCCACCUGGUGUCCCAGGUUCUGUGGGUCCCAAAGGUUCCAGUGGCUCUCCUGGCCCACAGGGCCCUCCAGGUCCUGUAGGUCUCCAAGGGCUCCGAGGUGAAGUAGGACUUCCUGGUGUCAAAGGUGACAAAGGACCAAUGGGACCACCAGGACCCAAAGGUGACCAGGGUGAGAAAGGACCUCGAGGCCUCACAGGCGAGCCUGGCAUGAGAGGUUUGCCUGGUGCUGUUGGUGAGCCCGGGGCUAAAGGAGCAAUGGGUCCUGCUGGCCCAGACGGACACCAAGGCCCAAGAGGUGAACAAGGUCUUACGGGGAUGCCUGGAAUCCGUGGCCCACCAGGACCUUCUGGAGACCCAGGAAAGCCAGGUCUCACAGGACCCCAGGGACCUCAGGGACUUCCCGGUACCCCUGGCCGACCAGGAAUAAAAGGUGAACCAGGAGCUCCAGGCAAGAUCGUGACUUCGGAGGGGUCAUCGAUGCUCACUGUCCCAGGCCCCCCAGGACCUCCUGGAGCCAUGGGACCCCCAGGACCUCCAGGUGCCCCAGGCCCUGCCGGCCCAGCUGGUCUCCCAGGACAGCAAGAAGUUCAUAAUUUACAAGGUCCCCCAGGCCCACCCGGCCCACGCGGGCCACCAGGGCCUUCCAUUCCAGGCCCACCAGGACCCCGAGGCCCACCAGGGGAGGGUUUGCCAGGCCCACCAGGCCCACCAGGAUCGUUCCUGUCCAACUCAGAAACCUUCCUCUCUGGCCCCCCAGGCCCACCUGGCCCCCCAGGUCCCAAGGGAGACCAAGGUCCCCCAGGCCCCAGAGGACACCAAGGCGAGCAAGGCCUCCCAGGUUUCUCAACCUCAGGGUCCAGUUCUUUCGGACUCAACCUUCAGGGACCACCAGGCCCACCUGGCCCCCAGGGACCCAAAGGUGACAAAGGUGAUCCAGGUGUUCCAGGGGCUCUUGGCAUUCCUAGUGGUCCUUCUGAAGGGGGAUCAUCAAGUACCAUGUACGUGUCAGGCCCGCCAGGGCCCCCUGGGCCCCCUGGGCCUCCGGGCUCUAUCAGCAGCUCUGGCCAGGAGAUUCAGCAGUACAUCUCUGAGUACAUGCAGAGUGACAGUAUUAGAUCUUACCUAUCCGGAGUUCAGGGUCCCCCAGGCCCACCUGGUCCCCCAGGACCUGUCACCACCAUCACAGGCGAGACUUUCGACUACUCAGAGCUGGCAAGCCACGUUGUGAGCUACUUACGGACUUCGGGGUACGGUGUCAGCUUGUUCUCGUCCUCCAUCUCUUCUGAAGACAUCCUGGCUGUGCUGCAGCGGGAUGACGUGCGUCAGUACCUACGUCAGUACUUGAUGGGCCCUCGGGGUCCGCCAGGGCCACCAGGAGCCAGUGGAGAUGGGUCCCUCCUGUCUUUGGACUAUGCAGAGCUGAGUAGUCGCAUUCUCAGCUACAUGUCGAGUUCUGGGAUCAGCAUUGGGCUUCCUGGUCCCCCGGGGCCCCCUGGCUUGCCGGGAACCUCCUAUGAGGAGCUCCUCUCCUUGCUGCGAGGGUCUGAAUUCAGAGGCAUCAUUGGACCCCCAGGUCCCCCGGGUCCACCAGGGAUCCCAGGCAAUGUGUGGUCCAGCAUCAGCGUGGAGGACCUCUCGUCUUACUUACAUACUGCCGGCUUGUCAUUCAUCCCAGGCCCUCCAGGACCUCCUGGUCCCCCAGGGCCUCGAGGGCCCCCGGGUGUCUCAGGAGCCCUGGCAACCUAUGCAGAUGAAAACAGCGACAGCUUCCGGAGCGAGCUGAUCAGCUACCUCACAAGUCCUGAUGUGCGCAGCUUCAUUGUUGGCCCCCCAGGCCCUCCUGGGCCGCAGGGACCCCCUGGGGACAGCCGCCUCCUGUCCACGGAUGCCUCCCACAGUCGGGGUAGCAGCUCCUCCUCACACAGCUCAUCUGUCAGGCGGGGCAGCUCCUACAGCUCUUCCAUGAGCACAGGAGGAGGUGGUGCAGGCUCCCUGGGUGCAGGCGGUGCCUUUGGUGCAGCUGCAGGAGACGGGGGUCCCUAUGGCACUGACAUCGGCCCAGGCGGAGGCUAUGGGGCAGCAGCAGAAGGCGGCAUGUAUGCUGGCAAUGGCGGACUAUUGGGAGCUGACUUUGCUGGAGGUCUGGAUUACAAUGAGCUGGCUGUGAGGGUGUCAGAGAGCAUGCAGCGUCAGGGCCUACUGCAAGGGAUGGCCUACACUGUCCAGGGCCCACCAGGCCGGCCUGGGCCGCAGGGGCCACCCGGCAUCAGCAAGGUCUUCUCUGCCUACAGCAACGUGACUGCGGACCUCAUGGACUUCUUCCGAACUUAUGGAGCCAUUCAAGGACCCCCUGGGCAAAAAGGAGAGAUGGGCACUCCAGGACCCAAAGGUGACAGGGGCCCUGCUGGGCCACCAGGUCAUCCUGGGCCACCUGGCCCUCGAGGACACAAGGGAGAAAAAGGAGACAAAGGUGACCAAGUCUAUGCUGGGCGGAGAAGGAGAAGAAGUAUUGCUGUCAAGCCGUGAGCUAGCCAUGGCAGGACAGCUCCUGGACCAGGUCUCAUAAUGCAUGUGGCACUUAGGUCCAAGCUCUCCAGAGGGUGAAACCUGGAGUCUGUCAAUGUCCUACUGAGACAGCACAGCCAACCUAGCUAGCAACAUUUGUUUUAGUCUGAACAAUAUAUACUUAUAGAAUUCAGUCAAAGAUACACAAUCUGAAACAGCUUCAUGGGGUGGACUCUAACAGUAGUUGCAAUGUUUUAGAAUGAGACUUACUUCUCUGCUAUCUAGAUCUGAACUCCUUGGCUUCUUUACUUAGUUCAAGCCCCAGCCUAGGAAAGCCAGUUACAUAAAAGUUGGCUCAGGAGUCUUAGAGCUUUGCCUAAAUAUGAGCCCAGAAAACGGAGGAUGGGGGUGGGGUGCCUUCCUGGAGGUGACACUUGAUGGGGGUGUGUUCUGGUUACUGUUCUAAGGCUGUGCCAUCAGCUCCUUCCUCCCCUGUUCAUUCUGCAUUCUCUAGUCAGUUGGCUAAGAAGUGACUCUUGCAACUAAAAAAAUUAAGAAAUUCACUUCCCCUCUAGGAGGUGAUGACAGGGUUUCUAAUGGUUAUAUGUAUAUCACAUUCCCAUUUGCUUAGAAAGUCUGAUUGUAGCUAUGAUUGUCCAUAGGCCCAUACUAGAGUUCAUGGAUAUGUUAUACUGAACCAGGCCAGGGCAAACAGAAAAAGAAGGUUGAGGGCAAUGGACAAGGAAGGAAUUAAGGGAGAAGAGGGAAAACAGAAAACCUGAUGCUGGGGACACAGCAUCAGCUCAAGACGUCACCCUCCAUUCUGCACUCAGAAAAUGGCACUUGGGGGGACUGGGCGCAGUUGGUCUUUAACCACUUUUCAAUGUCUAAAAACAUUUGUUUGUGGUCUAUAAGAUGAAACAUCAUUUCAAUUGUAAAAUUUCCCAUUAAAGAAGUUUUUUUUUCUUUUUUAA